CCUCCUCUCUCACCACUCUUUCUCUCCAUCUCUCUUUCUUGGUUUGGUGAAGACGUGUGAAAUACUGCUUUAGUUUUGAUUUUAAAGUCGUGUUUAUGAUGUGUAUCUGAGAAGACGUCGUCUGCUGAAGAGAAUUCCUCUUACAAAGAGGGAACUUGAGCUUGUUCGACCAGCGGCUGGUCGUGGAGGUUUCCGGGCUUGGAUGAAAGCCAGACAGCAGUGAGAGGCCACACCCUCCAUCAGCAGCCAUGCCGCCCCCUGCAGACAUUGUGAAGGUGGCCAUCGAGUGGCCGGGGGCCUUUCCCAAACUCAUGGAGAUUGAUCAGAAAAAGCCUCUCUCAGCCAUCAUUAAAGAAGUCUGUGAGGGGUGGAACUUACCGAGCCCUGAAACCUAUGCUUUGCAAAACGCAGACGCCACCAAUUUUUACAUCACUGAAAAGAAUCGCAACAACAUCAAAAACGGCUCCAUCCUGCGGCUUACUACCUCUGCUGCCCAGAUGGCCCUACAGCUGCAUGAGCGCAUCCAGUCCACCAGCAUGGACAUGAAACUGGACGCUCUGAAGGACCUGGCCAACUCUUCACGAGACAUCACCUUCGCCCAGGAGUUCAUCAACCUCGAUGGCAUCUCACUCCUCACGCAGAUGGUGGAGAGCGGGACCGAACAGUAUAAGAAACUACAGAAGAUAAUGAAGCCCUGCUUUGGUGACCUGCUCUCCUUCACCUUGACGGCCUUUGUGGAGCUCAUGGACCAUGGCAUUGUCUCCUGGGACACCUUCUCUGUGGCCUUCAUCAAGAAGAUUGCUGGUUACGUGUGCAAAUCAGCUAUGGACACUGCUGUGCUUCAGAGGUCUCUGGCCAUCCUGGAAUCCAUGGUGCUCAACAGUCAAGACCUCUACCAGAAGGUGGCUAAAGAAAUCACCAUCGGCCAGCUUAUUCCACAUCUGCAAGGGACGGAUCAGGACAUUCAGACUUACACCAUUGCAGUGAUUAAUGCAUUAUUCCUCAAAGCCCCUGAGGAGAAAAGACAGUCUGAUGAGGACAAUGUGAACAUCCUUGGUUGUCCUCUAACAGAGAUGGCCCACAUUCUGGCACAGAAACAGCUGCGAUCAAUCAUCCUCAGUAAUGUGAUCAGAAGCAACAAACCCAUAAACGAUGAGAUGGCCCACCAGCUCUAUGUUCUGCAGGUCUUGACCUUUAACCUCCUCGAGGACAGAAUGAUGACGAAGAUGGACCCACAAGACCAGGCUCAGAGGGACAUCAUCUUCGAGCUUCGCAGGAUUGCUUUUGAUGUCGAGUGCGAGUCCAACAACAGCGGCAGCAUUGAGAAGCGCAAGUCCAUGUACACCCGAGACUACAAAAAGCUGGGCUUCAUUAAUCAUGUGAACCCUGCGGUGGAUUUUACUCAGAUUCCUCCCGGGAUGUUGGCUCUCGAUAACAUGCUGUAUUUUGCCAGGCAACAUCAGGACGCCUAUAUCAGGAUUGUUUUGGAGAACAGCAGUCGUGAGGACAAGCAUGAGUGUCCGUUUGGCCGAAGUAGCAUCGAACUGACAAAGAUGCUUUGUGAGAUUCUCAAAGUGGGAGAACUUCCCAGCGAGAACUGCCACGACUUCCACCCCAUGUUCUUCACCCACGACCGCUCGUUCGAGGAGUUCUUCUGCAUCUGUAUCCAGCUACUCAACAAAACCUGGAAGGAGAUGAGAGCCACUUCUGAAGACUUCAAUAAGGUAAUGCAGGUGGUGAAAGAGCAGAUCACUCGCGCUCUCACGGUCAAGCCUAACUCUCUGGAUCAGUUCAAGAGUCGUCUGCAGAAUCUGAGCUACACGGAGAUCCUCAAACUGCGCCAGUCGGAAAGGAUGAACCAGGAAGACUUCCAGUCCCGGCCCAUUCUGGAGCUUAGGGAGAAAAUCCAGCCGGAGAUCAUGGAGCUGAUCAAACAGCAACGCCUCAAUCGCUUGUGUGAGGGCACCGCCUUCAGGAAGAUCAGCAGCCGAAGGAGACAGGAUAAGUUCUGGUACUGUCGAUUGUCACCCAAUCAUAAAGUCCUGCACUACAGUGAUCUGGAGGAGAACCCUCAAGGAGAGGUGCCCUACGAUUCCCUGCAGGACAAACUUCCUGUGGCCGAUAUCAAAGCUGUUGUCACUGGUAAAGACUGUCCGCACAUGAAAGAAAAGGGAGCUCUGAAGCAGAACAAGGAGGUCCUGGAGCUGGCUUUCUCUGUCCUCUACGAGUCUGAUGAGUAUCUGAACUUCAUUGCCCCUGACAAGCACGAGUACUGCGUGUGGACAGAUGGGCUGAAUGCACUGCUGGGGAAGGAGAUGACCAGCGAGUUCACUCGCUCAGACAUGGACACUCUGCUUAACAUGGAGAUGAAGCUCCGCCUCCUCGACUUGGAAAACAUCCAGAUCCCUGACGUUCCUCCCCCUAUACCCAAAGAGCCAAGCAAUUAUGACUUUGUUUAUGACUGUAACUAAUAUCCCUUCACUGGACUUAUUUUUUUGUAAAUGCAUACUGGAAGACAAACUUUUUAAAAAGGACGCGCUUUUUUUGCGCCUCAUCACAAUGGAUUUCCUGGAGUUAAUAGACUUGGCUUGCGAGGCCUAUGAAACAUCUGGUCUGGUUGAAGAACAGCAAACUGGCCCUCAGGUCCUAAAGCACUCUAGCGCUGUCACGGUCAUCUCAUCCAUUUCUUCAAACGGUUACAUUUGUCAAACAGUCCACCUGCUCUGGCUCAAAUUGCUAUUUGUUGAACGAAAUUUGUCUUAUGUUAUUCCAGGCUGUUCGGGGUGUGAUGCUCCCUGUUGAAUGUAUGCAGCCCUGCUGCCGGCGAUCUGCCCCUCCUGCAGUUUAUUAGACUAGAAAUCGAACUGCUUCUCGGUAAAUUUCAAGUGAACUUCCAGACUUUGAGUCGAGUCUGAACUCUGCAGGAAAAUAGAUCGCCGGGAGCAGAAUUGGCUUGCACCUCAACAAGUGGCAGCUAACAUCGAGGAACCGCUAGUGUUAGCAUAGUCCAAGUUUGUUGUCAAUUAUUUCCCCAGGUCUCCCAUUCAUGCCUCAAAUACAGUAGACUGUUAAACAGGCAGGUUCAUUCGAGAGGUUGUCUCUUUUUUUGUCUUAAACCAUUCCUGCUUUGUGCCACAUUAUCAUCUGACUAUAACGCAGACGUGUAGAUAGAGCUCUUUCCUUCACUUGACAUCAACCCGACUCAUGGCAGACUGCUGUAACAUUCCAAAGCAAUAUUGAGCUUCUGUUUUUGUAAGCUGGUAUAGUAUACACUUUUGUGAUAUUUGUGAUCGCUGCCAAGUAGUCAGUAUUAUACAUUUUUGUGUGUUAAGGAAUUUUACUUUUCAGGGCAGUCAAAUUAAUUCGAAUUUUCAUGAUUACUUUAAUUUAAGAUUGUGGGUAUAAUAAUUGUUAUUAUAAUUGGUUUAUUUUUCCCUCAGAUGUUUAUCGAUUUAAAAACGCAACAUCCUGCUGUUUACAUUAAAGAUUGAUUCCAA